AUGGUGACUCGCGCGGCGAUUCUCACCGCAGUGGCGGCGCUCCUGCCCACCGCGACAUGGGCACAGGAUAACCAAACCUAUGCCAAUUACUCGUCGCAGUCUCAGCCGGACCUGUUUCCCCGGACCGUCGCGACCAUCGACCUGUCCUUCCCCGACUGUGAGAAUGGCCCGCUCAGCACGAACCUGGUGUGCAACAAAUCGGCCGAUCCCUGGGCCCGAGCUGAGGCCCUCAUCUCGCUCUUUACCCUCGAAGAGCUGAUUAACAACACCCAGAACACCGCUCCUGGCGUGCCCCGUUUGGGUCUGCCCCAGUAUCAGGUGUGGAAUGAAGCUCUGCACGGACUGGACCGCGCCAAUUUCUCCCAUUCGGGCGAAUACAGCUGGGCCACGUCCUUCCCCAUGCCCAUCCUGUCGAUGGCGUCCUUCAACCGGACCCUCAUCAACCAGAUUGCCUCCAUCAUUGCAACGCAAGCCCGUGCCUUCAACAACGCCGGCCGUUACGGCCUUGACAGCUAUGCGCCCAACAUCAAUGGCUUCCGCAGUCCCCUCUGGGGCCGUGGACAGGAGACGCCUGGUGAGGAUGCGUUCUUCUUGAGUUCCACCUAUGCGUACGAGUACAUCACAGGCCUGCAGGGCGGUGUCGACCCAGAGCAUGUCAAGAUCGUCGCGACGGCGAAGCACUUCGCCGGCUAUGAUCUGGAGAACUGGGGCAACGUCUCUCGGCUGGGGUUCAAUGCUAUCAUCACGCAGCAGGAUCUCUCCGAGUACUACACCCCUCAGUUCCUGGCGUCUGCUCGAUACGCCAAGACGCGCAGCAUCAUGUGCUCCUACAAUGCAGUGAAUGGAGUCCCAAGCUGUGCCAACUCCUUCUUCCUCCAGACGCUUCUCCGAGAAAACUUUGACUUCGUUGACGACGGGUACGUCUCGUCGGAUUGCGACGCCGUCUACAACGUCUUCAACCCACACGGUUACGCCCUUAACCAGUCGGGAGCCGCUGCGGACUCGCUCCUAGCAGGUACCGAUAUCGACUGUGGUCAGACCUUGCCGUGGCACCUGAAUGAGUCCUUCGUAGAAGGAUACGUCUCCCGCGGUGAUAUCGAGAAAUCCCUCACCCGUCUCUACUCAAACCUGGUGCGUCUCGGCUACUUUGACGGCAACAACAGCGAGUACCGCAACCUCAACUGGAACGACGUCGUGACUACGGACGCCUGGAACAUCUCGUACGAGGCCGCGGUGGAAGGUAUCACCCUGCUCAAGAACGACGGAACGCUGCCGCUGUCCAAGAAGGUCCGCAGCAUUGCGCUCAUCGGUCCUUGGGCCAAUGCCACGGUGCAGAUGCAGGGUAACUACUAUGGAACGCCACCGUAUCUGAUCAGUCCGCUGGAAGCCGCCAAGGCCAGUGGGUUCACGGUCAACUAUGCAUUCGGUACCAACAUCUCGACCGAUUCUACCCAGUGGUUCGCGGAAGCCAUCGCGGCGGCGAAGAAGUCGGACGUGAUCAUCUACGCCGGUGGUAUUGACAACACGAUCGAGGCAGAGGGACAGGACCGCACGGAUCUCAAGUGGCCGGGGAACCAGCUGGAUCUGAUCGAGCAGCUCAGCCAGGUGGGCAAGCCCUUGGUCGUCCUGCAGAUGGGCGGUGGCCAGGUGGAUUCGUCGUCACUCAAGGCCAACAAGAAUGUCAACGCUCUGGUGUGGGGUGGCUAUCCCGGACAGUCGGGUGGUGCGGCCCUGUUUGACAUCCUUACGGGCAAGCGUGCGCCGGCCGGUCGUCUGGUGAGCACGCAGUACCCGGCCGAGUAUGCGACGCAGUUCCCGGCCAACGACAUGAACCUGCGUCCGAACGGCAGCAACCCGGGACAGACAUACAUCUGGUACACGGGCACGCCCGUGUAUGAGUUCGGCCACGGUCUGUUCUACACGGAGUUCCAGGAGUCGGCUGCGGCGGGCACGAACAAGACGUCGACUUUCGACAUUCUGGACCUUUUCUCCACCCCUCAUCCGGGAUACGAGUACAUCGAGCAGGUUCCGUUCAUCAACGUGACUGUGGACGUGAAGAACGUCGGCCACACGCCAUCGCCGUACACGGGUCUGUUGUUCGCGAACACGACAGCCGGGCCCAAGCCGUACCCGAACAAAUGGCUCGUCGGGUUCGACCGGCUGCCGACGAUCCAGCCGGGCGAGACUGCCAAGUUGACGAUCCCGGUGCCGUUGGGCGCGAUUGCGCGGGCGGACGAGAACGGCAACAAGGUGGUCUUCCCGGGCAACUACGAAUUGGCACUGAACAAUGAGCGAUCGGUAGUGGUGUCGUUCACGCUGACGGGCGAUGCGGCGACUCUAGAGAAAUGGCCUUUGUGGGAGCAGGCGGUGCCGGGGGUGACCCAGCAGUAG